UAAAACGGUCCGUGAUAAAAUUCCGAAAGGUUGUGAUCGCCUGCACUCAUGACUCACCCCACUCCCACUCCCACUCGCACUGCCAGUGUUCGGUCCAUCUCCACUCUCCAUUCUCACCAUCCCCUACCGACAACGAUGGCGAUCAACAUCCGAAACUAAUCACAAAUCCCGAUCCUCAGAUCCGCUGCGGAGCCCCCACACAGCAAGCACGCGCCAUGGCCGGUGGCCGUCCCUUCCGCCCCGCGCACGGCGCCCGCGUCCUCGUCUCCGCCGCGCUCACCCUCCUCUUAUUCCUCGCCAUCUCCUCCCUCCUCUCCUCCUCCUCCUCCUCGUCCUCCUCCUCCUCCGCCGCCGAAGUCGCCGUCCACCGCCGCUCCUUCCUUGCGGCGGAGCCAGACCCCCUGCGCGCCCGCUUCGAGCUCAUCCGGCGGCAAGCAUCCGACCACGCCGCAGUCGUCGCCGCCUACGCCGCCCACGCCCGCCGCCUCAAGCUCGACGCCGCGCGGCAGCUGGCGGUCUUCGAGCACCUCUCCUCCUCGCUCUCCUCCAUCUCCCUCCGCCUCUCCUCCGCCGGCGCCGGCGCCGACGCCGAAGCCGACGCCGACGCCGACGACGACCCCCUCCGCCCCCUCGAGAAGGAGGCCAAGGACCGCGUCAAGCUCGCGCGCCAGCUCGUCGCGGAGUCCAAGGAGUCCUUCGACACCCAGCUCAAGAUCCAGAAGCUCCGCGACACCGUCUUCGCCGUCCACGAGCAGCUCCGCCGCGCCCGCCGCCUCCGCGACCUCUCCGCGCGCAUCGCCGCGGGCUCCACCCCGAAGAGCCUCCACUGCCUCGCCAUGCGCCUCAUGGCCGACCGCAUCGCCCGCCCCGAGUCCUACCCCGCCCCCGCGCCCCUCGACCUCGACUCGGACCUCCUCCACUACGCCCUCUUCUCCGACAACGUCGUCGCCGCCUCCGUCGUCGUCGCCUCAGCCGUCCGCAGCGCCGCGGAGCCGCGCAGGCACGUCUUCCACGUCGUCACCGACCCGAUGUACCUGCCCGCCAUGCAGGCCUGGUUCACGCGGCGUCCCCCCGCGCGCCGGGCGCGCGUCGAGGUGCGCUCCGCCGCGGAGUUCGCGUUCCUCAACGCGUCGCACUCGCCCGUGGUGCGCCGGAUCGAGGCCGGGCGGUCCGAUCUGGGCCUGCUGGAGCACCUGAGGUUCUACCUCCUGGAGAUGUUCCCGGAGCUCCGGCGGAUCGUGCUGCUGGAGGAGGACGUGGUGGUGCAGAGGGAUCUGGCGCCGCUGUGGACUGUGGACCUCGACGGCAAGGUCAACGGGGCGGUCGAGACGUGCUUCGGCGGCUUCCGCCGCUACAGCCGCUACCUCAAUUUCUCGCAUCCGGCGGUGCGGGAGCGGCUCAGCCCGCGAGCCUGCGCCUGGGCCUACGGCGUCAACGUCUUUGAUCUCGAUGCGUGGAGGAGGGAGCGCUGCACCGACCGCUUCCACCGCUAUUUUGACCUGAACGAGGAUGGAUCGUUAUGGAGCGAGGGGUCUGUGCUGCCUGCUGGACUGAUGACCUUCUACGGAACUACAAAACCACUGGACAAGUCAUGGCACGUGAUGGGGCUCGGAUACAACCCGAGUAUUAGCCCCGAGGAGAUCCGCAACGCCGCCGUUAUACACUUCAGCGGGAACAUGAAGCCGUGGCUUGAUGUGGCCCUGAACCAAUACAAGCACCUCUGGACCAAGUAUGUGGAUACUGAGAUGGAGUUCCUCCCACUCUGCAACUUCGGCCUGUGAAGCUCUCACUUUAAAAAAUUAGACUCUAUAUAUGAGGUUAUUUAAGGAAUCCUCUGCCUAGUUGGAGUGCUUAAUUCAAAUUAAUAUAUGUUAUUGACGGAUUAGUACAUUUUAAGUGUUGUAGGUGUCUUAGUUUUCUCUCUUUUGUAGCUAAUCCGUAGCGCAAACUUUGAUAUAUAUAUAUAUAUAUAUAUAUAGAAGAUCUUUGAGUUUAUUAUUUGGAAA